GGCGGUGGUGGCGGUGGUGCUAAAUACCGGGAGCGGGCUGGAGCGCAGCGGUCGGGUGUGGCGGUGACGGUGCCUAAAGGCUGUGCCGGUUUUCGUCUCCUCCUCCUCCUCGUCGGCGGCGGCGGUGGACGGCUUCGGGGUGGCAGGGGCGUAGGGAUUCAGCAGUCUGCAGUCUUCAGUCGUAGAAUCAGCGUGUGGAGUUGGUUGGAAGCUUUGCAAGAUGAUUGAGGGGAGGAGGCAUUCGGUUGACAUCCCGAUUUCGAGGGCUCUAGUCGCCGUCAUGAGGUCCAGAUCUCUGAGGGACCCAGACACCAACUCGCUGGCCAAGUACUCGGCUAAGAAGACCAUAUGGGAAGGGUGUUCCCUCGAGGAAGAUGACGUCGAGGCAAGCAAUUAUGGCAGGCACAGCUUCAGCUACAACAUGUAUGAUCAUGUUCAGAGGAGGAGGGAGGAGUUUGGCGGCCGCCUAGCCAACUCGCCGAUCAACAUAAUCAAGGCCAACGCGAGGGUGAAGGCGGCGCUUCAUAACCAGAACUGCUGCUCUGCGAUCUCCGGGAUGUCGAGGGCGGCCAAGGACAGGGCUUUCUCUCUGGUGAUCGAAGGGGAAGAGCUCGGUCGGAGUGAGCCCCAGGAAGGCGCGAGAAGCUUGCUCCAGAAGUACCGGCCGAAGUCUUUCUCUGAGCUGGCUGGACAGAAUGUUGUUGCACAGUCUCUUUCAAAUGCUGUUUCUCAAGGAAAACUUGCUCCAAUCUAUCUCCUCCAUGGUCAGCACGGCAUUGGCAAGACAUCCGCGGCUAGAGUAUUCGCAGCGGCGCUGAAUUGCCUCUCUCCAGGUGGGAACCAACCUUGUGGGCACUGCGAGGAAUGCGUGGUCAUAUUCUCAGGAAACAGCAGCAGUGUGGUUGAGGUUGAUGCUUCCAAACUGGAUUGCAAAUCUAGGGUUGCUGUCUUGCUCAGGAAUGCCUGUGAAGUUCCUGCUUCUUCGCACUUCAAGGUACUUAUUGUAGAUGAUUGCCAACAUAUGGAUAAGGAGGGAUGGUACUCCAUCUACAGCAGCCUUGAAGGGAUCCCUGCGAGCUCAAUAUUUGUCAUGAUAACGUCCGACAUCGAUAAACUACCAAACAACUCUGCUGGAUGGUGCCAGAGCUAUAGGUUUUGCAAGAUAGACGACACAGAGAUUGUCCACCGGUUGAGCCAGAUCUGCACAAAAGAAGGUAUGGAGUUUGAAGUCGAAGCGCUGGAGCUUCUUGCUCGCAAGGCCAGUGGUUCCAUUCGGGAUGCAGUCCAAAUGCUUGACCAACUAACUCUGCUAGGAAAAAGAAUCAGCAAAUCAGUAACAUAUGACUUGAUAGGUGAUGUCUCAGAUGAAGAGUUGCUUGAUCUUCUUAAUCUGUCGAUGUCAUCAGAUGCUGCUACCAUUGUCCGGAGGGCUAGGGAGCUUUUGAGUUCGAAGGUCGAUCCCAUGCAGCUAUUAGCCCAGCUUGCAAAUCUUAUCAUGGAUAUUUUAGCUGGGAAGCACCCCUCAGAUUCUUCAGAAGUUAGGAAAGUUAUUGGCAAAAAUACAUCUGCUGAGGUGGACGUGCACAAACUUAGGAAUGCGCUGGAAAUACUUUCUGAAACUGAAAAGCAAUUGAAAACCACAAAGAACCAGUCCACUUGGCUCACCGCCGCCCUGCUACAGUUCAAUAUGAGAGAGCCUUACUGCCUAGAAGCCCUUGAUGAUACUGCAGUUUCAAGCAUGUUCACAGAGAGUCAAACAGACGACGGGGCUGCUGCCCUGAAAGAUGAAAGCUUAGAUACCAGUUCUCAUCUGUGCUACCAGAACAAACUUGGAUGUCUGGAUAUGAAUUUAGGAGAUCCAGAUGUACUGGAGACAAUAUGGAUGAAGGCUCUUGAGAACUGCACAUCUAAGUCACUUCAUAAUCUGUUGCAGAAAGAUGGAAAGUUUUCAUCCCUGUACACAACCCAAGGUGUGGCAGUUGCUGAGCUACAAUUCUGUCAUCCUGAGGAGGUACCAACAUCAGAGAGCUUCUGGAUGCCACUUGUUGUUUCUCUGCAGAAUUUGCUCAAGUGCAACGUGGACAUCAGGAUCAAUCUUUCUCCAAUCUCCAUCAGCAACAGGACUGUAUCCAAGAAUUCGUCGGUCAGCCUGGUCAUGCAAUCCAGAGAAGAUCAACAGGCGCAGAAUCCAGUCGCCACGGACUGCAGAACCGUAGCUUCAUCCAGAAGGGAGUGCCCUUCGCCACCGCUCCCAGGGCAACCCAAGGAGAAAGCAUCUCGCAUCCUGGGAUGCCUUCACGGUGCAGAUAGCGAAACGGGAGAUGCGGAGUCGAGGAUCCUGAGCUACCAGAAGAUCUCUGUCAUUCCUGAAGCAUCCACUACAGGGAAUGUCGCCUCGAAAGCUGGAGAGCACAUACCAAAGGUCUACGAAUUCAAAGGUCGUCGCUGCGGUGGCUGUUUCUCUGAGGUUCUACCAUGUGGUUCGUGCGCCCCCUCUCGGAAAUCCCAGCCACACGACAAGCAGAGAGCUCCGCGGCCUCGCAAGGGGCUCUUCAGCUGCUGUUUCUGCAAGAUCAGACCAGACUGCAGAACGAAAGCUGAUGCUGUGUACAGGUCCGAAACCCAGGAGGUGUUCCAUGGGUAGCAACUAGCAAGCAUAUUGUAGCUUAAAAGCUAGGAGAUGAGCACCGUUGAAACAAGGCUGAUUAUGUUCUGUCAUUUCGGUACGGAUGUGGGCAACCAAAUUCCAUGGAAACUUAGAUCAGUUUAGUCGAGUCUUUGAACUGCAGCCCGCUCCUGAGUCUGACUCUAGAUGUGCAUCGUAGAUGUCAGAGUACUGUCCAAUAGGUCUUCUAAACUGUAGUGGUACGGCAAUGAUAGAAUCCAUCAGAAAAGAUCCUUUUGUUGCGUUCA